UUCUAGAUACUUCUACAACAUUCCAACCCACCCCUUUAAUUUCCCUUUCCAUUCUCGCCGAGCUUCUCCAUUCUAAAAAUCUAUCCUUGAUUCCAUCUCUUCUUCCUCUUCCUCUUCCUCUAUUUCCUUUAACCAUGGCGUCGGAUUCGGACAGAGAAAGAGGAGCAGCGGCGUUCUUCUCCCACCUCUUCAGAGCCACAAUCUCUUCUGACAUUUCAGAAGAAACGCAGAUCUUUCACCCGAUCAUCGUCGGCCUUCUGAGCGGUCCAUUUUCCCCUGAAGACGGUUCUCCGUCGGAUCGGAUUCUGCUUGUCCACCCGAUUUCCCGUCGAGUUGCGGUGCUACGCGGCGACCCCAACCUUUUAACUGAGUUGCUGUCAGUUAGCGCCGGCCGGAAAGGGCCCCCGCCGGCGACGAAGGCGUCGAUUGAGGCGAUGCGGACGGUGGAAAUUGCUAAUCCCGGGGAGGAGUGCUCGGUGUGUUUGGACGAGUUAGGGCAGGCCGUGGUGAAGGAGAUGCCGUGUAAGCAUCGAUUUCAUGGGGAUUGCAUCGAUAAGUGGUUAGGGUUGCACGGAACAUGCCCGGUAUGUCGGUAUUGUAUGCCGGCGGAGGAGAGUGGAUCUAAGAAGGUAGCUGGUGAUGGUGAUGGCGAUGGACAGGAGGUAGAAAGGGCGGUUUGGUUUGAGAUUACUUUCGGAAGAGGGAGAUCAGGCGAUCGGGAUCAGGAGCAUGAACAGCAAGUGGGAGAACAAAGUGUUGAUAGUAAUAGUGUUUGAAAUUAUUUUUUUAAUCCUGUUCUUUGCGAUUUCUUUCAGUUGGAUUGUUUUUACAUUGGGGAAAGGUAGAUUUAUGUACAAUGAAUUAUUUUAUAAACAAGAAGCUAGAUUCAUUCUGAAUUUCUGCUAAA